UCAAGAGUAGUGUUGUCGUACGAGUGCUUGUGUGGGAGUGUUUAAAUAUUUGGUUUCGUUUUUCAACAGGUGAGACAUAUAAAUGGUGUUAACAUACAUUUGAACAUCAAAUGCAAACCGAACAUAAACAUAUUUAUGAAGAGGUCAUAAACAUCCAUAUCUGAAAACGAAUGGAGUAUGGUGUAUGGUUAAGGCUCCUCCUCUAGCCAAGAUGUUUGAAAGCUAGGAGGAACCAGGUGAUACAAAGCUGGGGAGAAUGUCGGAUGAACGCAUCCGCCUGGUGAUCCUGGGAGGGGCGGGGGUGGGCAAAAGCUGCAUAGUCAAGAGGUUCCUCUUCAACCAAUACGUGGACAGAUACAAAAGUACUGUUGAGGACUUGUAUAACCGAGAGUUUGACCUAGGACCUGUCACGAUAAAGGUGGAUAUUCUAGACACAGCAGGCGACAUACAGUUCCCCGCAAUGAGGAGGCUCAGCAUAGCAACGGCUCACGCCUUCCUCUUAGUCUACUCCAUCACCUCCGCAGAUUCUUUCUCUCAAGCCAAAUGUUGUCUGGAAGAGAUUCGUGAACAGCGAGCCGACUGGCAGGAAAUCCCUACUGUAGUGGCUGGCAACAAGCUAGACCUGGCAGUGACCAGACGGGAGGUCAGGGUAGAGGACGUCAGUGAGUGGCUGUUCUGCUCUCUACCUAAACUGAGAGCAAAACUGAUGGAGUGCUCGGCCAAAGAUAAUUACAAUGUGCGUGACAUUUUCAAGUGUUUUGUCACUUUGUCACGGAUUUUGCCACCGGCGGAGGACGAGACGCCUCUGAAGCGACGGUCUAGCGCCUACGUCAGAGGUGGACAACGUCGUGCGGCCAGUCCUCAGACUAGCUCUGAGGCAAGCACAAGUACUCCGACCAACCCGGAACCAUCCAGGGCGAAGCCCCGCAGCCGUAGUCUCAUCAGACGUAGCAGCAGAAAAGCUAAACAGCAAAUUCGAGAUGCUCAUAAUGGCACUGAUGACUGCAACGUCUCAUAGAGCCAUAAGAUUGCAACAUCUCAUAAGUCAUGAGAUUGUGAAGUCUUCUAGAUCUAUGAGAUUGCAGCCUACAGAUUGCACCAACUCGUUUAUUUUCGUACUUAGGUGCUGAGAUUUGGACGUUAUAUUCCAAUUUGACGUGAUUUUGAAAAUCGGUAGUAUACAUUGAAGUUUUUACUAAUAAGUAGGUUUAUCAGUUUAAAUAUUCUGAAUGCUCAGUAAAGUUUAAAGUUGAUGUUAGCUUGAAAGAUUUGGUAACAAUGUCACUUUGAAAAAUACUUAUAAAUGUUUGUCUUGAAAGACAAAAAUGAUUAACUAUGUAGCAAGGACUGAAAGAUUAGUAUUUUAGAAUUGAGAUAUUUUAAAUACAAGAAUGAUAAUUGGGAUGGUUUCAUAAGGCUCAAUUUCACUACGUAACCAAGAUUCCUUGAGCACUUCAUUUUGUAUAUUGAAUUAGAAUUUUUGCGUACUUGAUUAUAAAAUUGACUGAAAAAAAAACAUUCUAUGUAACGGUAGACGCUUUUUCAUUGACAGAAACAUAGGUGGUGAUUUUUUCUUAGGAUGUUUGGCUAUUUUAAUUACAUCACUCCAGUUUUCAUAGCACUUUAGUUGAUUUGAAAAUUAAAGACGAUUACCAUAUGAUUUUCCUUUUUGGAUUAAUUAAAUGUAGCUUUUUAAUCAAAAUUACUCUAAUUUACAGCAUUAAUUUGUGCUGGUGUUCAACUAAACCUAUUAAUACUACACUCUUAAAAGGCUCAAGCUUCAAAAGGCAUUGGCUCUUUAUAGAAGUUUUCCAAUAUAGGGGAAAAAAUUAUAAGAGAAAUUGGGCCUUAGUCUCUCAAACACAUUUAUUACAUCUCUUAAACCAGGUAAGAGCUUUAAUGUAGAUUGCUAGAAUAGAGUACGUUUAGGGUCAUUAUUAAUGUACUUUUAAGAUUUUUUAUGUUUAUAUGUGCAUAGUGUUAAGGGCUUGUGUAAUUUUAAGAAAUAUAAUAGAUAUUUUUGGUGGGCAAAACGUUGGUAAAUUUAUUAAAAUCUCCAAUAUUUAAAAAUGUUAGCAUUUAAACUUGGGAGUUAAAAGUGUAUAUUUUUUACUUUAACGCUGCACAAUUUCAAACCAUAACAUUUUCGAAUAUAAACGCCAUAAUUCACCUAUGGCUUUAUAUUAUUCGCUAUUAUGAUUUAUAAAAAUAAAUUAUGUUGAAAAACACUCUCUCUGAGUAUGCUAGGAAUCAAACGAUAUUGAAUAUAUUGGAAUUUUGACAUUUAAAAUUAAUUCAUAUGUUACAUUUGGGAUGGUUUUAAAUGUUUUAAUUGGUACUAUAAACUGUUUGAUGGAACCUGUCACCUUUCCCGCCGUCUACCUUUGGAUCUGGCCAAUGGCUUAAGGCUCGAGCCAUUGGCCAGUCCCGGGAAUAGGAGACAAAUUCCAUCAUACAGACAGCCAUAUGGACCGAAAAUCGCUAACGGACCAAAUAAGGUGCACAUUUUUACUUUUUACUACUUGUAAGUUUUUUUUAGCUUUGCUUGAAUAACUAUUAGGUAGUAAAGGCCUAUAAUACAAGAAUAAUUACGUUAUUAAGACUAAGACUGUACCACUUAGAGCUUAAUAAGUCAGCAGAUAGAUUUAAUUUAGAAGCUUGUUGUUUACAAAUAUUGUCUUAGAUUCAUGUUUAGUUCCCGAAUAAUUAUUUUUAAUGGUUUAUAUGAAUGGUAAUAACAAAAAUAGUCAACCAUAAACUCAACGUUUUUUUAUGAUCUCAGACGCACAUAUUUAGGUAUGAUUGUAAAACAUUUAAAAUAAGUGUUGAUUUUAUGGCUAAAUGUAUUUGUUAUCCGUCCUUAAUUGUACAUAGGAUAAAUGGUAAUUACAAUAUAUGUAUUGCUUUACCUGUUUAAGGUCCAUCCACAGCCAUAUUUUAGAUGUUUCAUAAGGAUCAGGUUCAAUGCAUGAUUUCAUUUUAUCCCAAUUGCUUGUAUUGUACGGAGUUAAUUGUAAAAUUUAAUGAAAGUUGUAUGUGUAAAUUAUAUUGAAAAUUCUGUUAUCUUUUUUGUUAUGGGUUAACUUAAUGCAGAAGUCUAUGGUCUAUGUUUUUUUUUUUAUUUGAGGAAAAUUAUUGCUUACCCAAUAUUUAACAGAUUUAAUUAAGCUUUGAAUUUAAUUUUUUUCAGGUUUACAUGUUUCUCCGUACAUUUAGUAUCCAAAAUGUGACGGACUAUAGUGUGAUAAUUUGUGGAACGUAAAGAUCUGACAUCGAACUGUCUAGAUUGGGUUUACUUGUAAUGUCUUGAUGUGUGUUUUACUAGAUAUUCCAUGUCUUUGAUGUCAUUGGUCAAUGUAUAAUUGAAAUAAAUUGAUUAAGGUUUCCAUGUUAUAAUUUUACAGAUGUUUGAUAUAAAAGUUUAUCACAGUUUAAAAUGUUGUUUUUAGAUGAAACAUUUUGCUGGAUGGCUUUGGUAGUUUUGUUAAUAUUUAAACAGUUUAAUUCACUAAUUUAACUAACAGCUGAUGUCAAAGUUGAUUCCUUAAUAUAUUGUGAAUAUAGUAGUUUAAGAUAAGGAUUGAAUUAUUUAGCCAACAUAUUAAAUAUGAUGUAUUAUAGUUUAAACCAUUCUUAAUUUGUGAUACUUUCAAAAUAAUUAUAAUUACGUAAAUAAUUGAUAUGCAAAAUAGUUUAUUUUAUUUUUGUUAUUGAAUCAGCAUGAACGUAGCGUGUAAAAAAUGUUUACGCUGGUUUAGCCUUGCAGUUGUAUGUAUGUUAUUGAAUUUCAUGUUAAUUAUUUAAUGUUUAUUGUUAUUUACAUUGUUAAAGUUUGUUAUCGAAGUAAAUUAUUAUAUUUGAUGGUUACGCUUAAUAUAGCUAUUACUGUAUGUUAUGAUCGUAAUGUAUGUAGGAUGGGAGCAAGAUUUAAUGUUUGACCAUAUCAUAUUGUACCAAUACAAGAUA